GUUCCCAUAUUUGUUCCUCUCUUCCCAACCUUCGCCAGAGCCACAGUGCGCUUCCAUUCAGGGUUCCCAAGCACACCCAUAUUACGCAUGUCCCCAAAGGGCUGUUGUGGUGGCAGGACUUUGAGACACAAGCAACAGUUUGUGAGGGGCAGCUGGACUCGCUCGAGGUGAUUUCGCUUGUCAUUUCAUCUCCUUUUGAGAUCGUCCCAUCUAAAUAUGGAAAUGGAGAAACUGUCAAAUGGUCAUGCUGGAGCCGCUGUGCCGAUGGAUGAAGAGGUCCCGCAAGAGGAUCAGCUGUUUCUGGAGCACAAGAGCGGCCCCACAAAGACGCCCCAGUUUACCGAUUUUGAGGGUAAAACCUCAUUGGGGAUGUCUAUCUUUAACCUGAGUAACGCCAUCAUGGGCAGCGGAAUUCUGGGUCUUUCGUACGCCAUGUCCAACACAGGCAUUGUCCUUUUCCUGGUCCUGUUGAUAUGUAUCGCAUGUCUGUCCUCCUACUCCGUCCAUUUGCUGCUACGAAGUGCAGGAGUCGUGGGUAUCCGUGCCUAUGAGCAUCUGGGCUUCAGAGCAUUUGGACAUCCAGGAAAAAUUAUAGCAGCUGUCGUCAUCACGCUACAUAACAUUGGAGCCAUGUCCAGUUACCUGUUCAUUGUGAAGUCUGAGUUACCGCUGGUCAUCCAGGCUUUUCUCGGCCAAACAACCGGGUCAGAUGAUUGGUUCAUGAAUGGAAAUUACCUGAUCAUCAUAGUCACUGUCUCUAUCAUCCUUCCUUUGGCCCUCAUGAAGCACCUUGGGUAUUUGGGUUACACAAGUGGCUUUUCUCUCUCCUGCAUGGUGUUCUUCCUCUCUGCGGUCAUCUACAAGAGAUUUCACAUUGUGUGUCCUCUGGAGGUGUUUGGCAAUCACUCAGUCACCACAGAAGAUUCAGGGGAGAUGUGCACCACCACAUUCUUCACCGUCAACCAAGAGACGGCAUAUGCUAUUCCAAUUCUGGCUUUUGCCUUUGUGUGUCACCCUGAAGUUCUUCCCAUCUACACAGAACUGAGAAAUCCAACCAAGAGAAGAAUGCAGAAUGUUGGCAAUAUUUCCAUCCUUGGGAUGUUUAUUAUGUAUUUCCUCACUGCCACUUUUGGCUAUCUAACCUUUUACGAAAACACGGAAGCAGAGCUGCUCCAUACCUAUAGCAAGGUGGAUCCUCUGGACACGCUGAUCCUCUGCGUGCGAUUGGCUGUUCUGGUCGCUGUCACUCUGACUGUCCCUGUGGUGCUCUUUCCUAUCCGUCGUGCCCUGCAGCAGCUUCUGUUCCCCGGGAAGGCUUUCCACUGGGUGCGCCACAUCGUCAUCGCCCUGUGCCUGCUGUUUGUUGUCAACCUGCUGGUCAUCCUCGUGCCCAACAUUCGAGACAUCUUCGGCAUUACUGGGGCAACUACUGCUCCGAGUCUGAUCUUCAUCCUUCCUGGACUGUUUUACAUCCGCAUCAUCCCCACUGAGCAAGAACCCAUGAAGUCCAGACCAAAGAUCCAAGCCGCAUGUUUCGCAGCGCUUGGUUUCAUAUUUAUGAUCAUGAGUCUUACAUUCAUUGGAAUCGAUUGGACAAGCGGGGAAAAACGAAAUCUGGGCGGGCAUUAGAGUGUUUCGAAAGCUCUUCAGAAACAGAAUCUUCACUUAUUCGACAGUCCUCGACUUUCUGCUGGAUGGUUUUGACCAUGAGCUCGCAGCACUCCUUAAUGACACGAGGACACAUUGUUCCUCCAUGGUGUCGACAACAGCAAAGUGGCCCCCGUAAAGCCACUCAGGACACAUCAGCAGGUAGUGUCGGCCCGCUUUACGUCGACCAAGGAAGCCACCAUAUUUGCAACUGCCCAACUUCACGAAAUGCCACAAAAAUUGUGGAGGAUAACGCUAAGGAGAAAAUUUGUCUGCAUGCAUAACAUUUCUUUAAUCUUUGCUUUAGAAAAUGGAGCAGAAUAAUGACAUGGAACAAGACCAAACACUCUGGGGUGACGGGCGGGGUCCGAGGGAGGAGGGGUGGGUGUGUGGGUUAUUUGAGGUCAUUUGAUGUGUUGUACUUUGUAAUACUGCAGAGCGGUACUUCACAAACAGCAAAAGAAAGGUUAGCCUCAGUCAAAAGACAAGUGUUGUAUUGCAUGGCUAUGCUGUGAACCAGUGAAUUUGGUAUAAGGUAAGGUAACCACUUACUUUGGUUUUGUAAAUUUAUUGUGAACAUUACAUAAUUCAAUAAAUAUUGUCAAAAUA